AUUAUUUCUAUCUACUUCUUAUAUGUUUUUAAAUAUAGCGCAAAAAUAGUUACAAUUUAUGUGUACGAUGAUUGGUUAUAGAUUUAAAUAGCGCUAUGCACAUGUGUGGUGGAAUACUCAACUAAUUCGAAUUUAAGGUAGUUUAAAUUAUAAACAACAAGAUGAAAAGCGUUACAUUGUAUUAAUUCUUGUAUGCAUGGAGCAUAGCUUUGUUUUUGUAUGUAUGAAAAAAAGCACAAUGUCAAAUAAAAGACGAGCGCUAUUGCGCUGUUGGAUUAUUCUCUACAAAAUUGAGACAAAGGCCAUUGUAUGCUUGGGUCUUCUCUACAAAAUUUUUGUUGUAACUUAUUAACUGUUUGAACCCUGGCUUUCAAACAGUUAAUAAGUUUUAAGCAGAAAAAAAAAAGAUUAGAAAUCAGUAAACGUUGAAACAUGGAUAGAGCAACUUUUAGAACGUAUUUUACAUACGUUUUUCCCAUAGUAGAUAUUUGUAAAUGGUUGAGUUACAAUGAUGAUACUUGCCUCCAACGCAGAGAAUUUUCAAUAAAACUUGUAAAAGGUGUGUACCUAAGAUAUCUGACUUUUGAAUUUCCUAAUCGUUUUAGAGCGAUUAUUCUAAAAGAAAAACCAGCAGCAAUAAAUAUUGGAGCUAUUUACAAUGUGCCGCCAAAGAAAAAUGAUAUGUCCAAAAUCUUUGUAGAAAGAGAAUUAGUCUUUGAUGUAGAUAUUUCUGACUAUAACGAUGUACGAACAUGCUGCCAAAAUAAGGACAUCUGUAAAAAGUGUUGGAAAUAUAUUGUUAUUGCUUGUAAAAUAUUAAAUAAGUUUUUAGUGGAUUGUUUUGGAUUUAAAAAGAUACUAUGGAUCUUUUCUGGCAGAAGAGGGAUACAUUGUUGGGUUUGUGAUAAACAAGCUAGGAUAUUGGAUGAAUAUAAUAGAUCCGCAAUUAUAACAUUUUUAAAAACCGAAUUAUUAAAGUGUAUUCUUAAAGAUGGCAAAUAUCACCUAAAAAAAUUGAUUUAUUAUGAUAGAUGCAUGCUUUCAUUUAUAGAGCCUGAAUUUGUACCUCUAUGCAUCGUAGAUCAAAAUCUACUUGGUACAGAGGAAGGUAAAGAUUAUUUCUUGGCUCUAUUUCCUGAUACAAUACGGAAAGAUGUAAAAAAAAUAUUUAAAGAAAAUACAACCAGCUUUGAUAGAUGGAAUGAAUUUAUUGAAUAUCAUAAAUUUGCGAUUGACUCUCAAUUAGAGGAUUGGAAACAACUGGGAGAAUAUGUAGAUCAUAUAAAAUUACACUACUGUGCUCCCAGAUUUGACGUGAAUGUAACAAAGGAGUGCAAACAUCUAUUGAGGUGUCCAUUUUCUAUACAUUAUGAGACAGGAAAAAUAUCUUUGCCAUUCGAUAUCACUCAAAUUGAGGAGUUUGAUCCGACAAAUUCUUUUACAAUGAAUCAGAUAGUGGAUGAAGUAGAUAUUAUACGUCAAAAACAAUCGAAAAUGGAAAAUUUACGUUUCAAAAUGGAUUACAAUAAGAUUUCAUUAAAGAAUCCUAUGAUUAUUUUUCGUAAAUUUGUAGAAGAAGUAGUUUCAGAGGAAAAAUAAUAUUACAAAUUGAAAAUUAUUUUUAUACCAUUAUGAGAUAGAAGUUAUAUGUCUUGUUAUAAAUUAUAAUACAUAUAUUUUAUAUAAAUUUAUAUUCAUGUGUUUGUGUUAGAUGAGAAAUUGUACAGUUUAUUGCGGCUUACGAAAUAAAUAUUGUAUCUCAUAUUAA